CUCGUCGUGGCGAUCCAAGCGGAUGCGGAAGAGUAAUUCUGCUCGAAUUUCAACGUGAAGUGUAAAGUGGAGUUUUUCAUUCUCUUUGUCCCCGUACACCAAACACCGAGUCUCGGAGUAUAGUUUAGUCUUGCGAUAAUAUCCGGUUGAAAUUGGAAGCAGCCACCGGCAGCAAGCGAUUGCCGAUGAGUGGGAAAUUGUGAGUGCGGAAGUGCCAAGCGAUUGCGCCGGGACGGCUGAAAGUUGAUAUUGCAAGCACUGUGUAGGUCGAAGUUCGAAAUUCUCCAAAGGGAUCGGAAAUGUUGUAUCACCACUAAGCAAACAUUGUUCCGUCGUUGUCGUCGUCGUCACAGGGGAAACGGUGUUUUUUUUUUCGUUUCACGCUUUACGACAGUCGAGUAGUAACGGGAGAAGCUCAGAAACUGCCGUGAAAAUUGUAUCAAUCAACAGUUCUAUUGUCUUUUGUAGCAACCAAAUAGUCCCUCUGCGGAGCGAUCUUCGGUUAACUUUUUUUUCUGGUCGUUUGGAUCUAUCACAGCUUCAAAUUUAAGACACACUCUCUGCCGGCUGUCCCACGCUGUCUGCGGCGAAAUCGUGCCGACAAAGCUUGCAGCACAUUUAUUCAACCGUGAAUAGAAAUUACUCCGUUUGUUGGCACAUUUCUCGCAAACGCCCCGGAAAAAAAAAUUAAAGUGGCAAAGUUGCGAUUCUCCCGCUCGCCGCGCCUUCGAAAAGAGGCAAAAGCUGCUUCGUCUGCUGUACGCCGCCGAGUUUAUUAAUUGGGGUGGCACCGCACCGGGCAAAACCGCGAGCGAAGCCAGAAGCAGGUGUCGGUGUUGAAGUGAGAACAAAACAAAGCAGAAGAGGAGCAGCAGCAGAAAAAAAAGUUUACUCUCAAAGUUCGCGGUGCCGUCGGCCGGCUCGGUUUGUCUGUGAUCUUUUAAUUAUCAUUGUUUGGCCAUCAUGUUUUGGAUACUACGGCGCACCGGAGCCGCCAACUUUUUCAACUCGAUCAACAACAACUACGCCACCAAGGGGGGCUCCAGCGCUAGCAGCAGUUCCGACAAACAUUCCUCGCGGCCACCACGACGUGCGUACGGUCGCCUGAGCGUCGAAUCCGAUGAUACUCAAUCGUUACGACGUGACACCGAGCUUAACGAAAAUCUGAUUAAUGUGGACGGUGAGCUGAGCGUAAGCAACAGCAUCAAUAACAACAACAACAACAACAACAACAAUGUCCUGAUGAAGAAUCAAAACAAAGCGACACCUGGUAGUGGCGGGGCCGGCACGGGUGACGGUGGGUCACGCUUUGUCGGUAACACUGGAUCGGCUCCCGCAACGACCACGCGGACGACGACGAGCAAGAUUAAUGGCUGCUCUUCGCAUCUGUUCUCGGUGGACGAUCGCUACGGCGGUGCCCCGGGUGAUGAUGUAAACCGGAACCAAUCCAACUGCUACGAAACCGAUUCGGACCUGGAGCUGGAUGCGACCAUCAAGGAGCAGCGACUAGAGGAGCAGGCCAUUUCGCGACUGCAGGCGAUGGCACUCUCCGACGAUGACGAAUACGAUGAGUCUCUAACCUGCAAUGUGUGCGACCGGGCUUUCCACUGUCACCGGCAGUUAGCAUCCCAUCAGCAGAAAAAGCGACAUUUUGGUUGCAGUGGCUGCGACAGUCUGUUUCCCUCCCUGAUGCUGCUCGAGCAUCACAAGGAAGAGUUCGAGCAUUGGAGCGACUUCGAGGACGACGGUCGGUUACCGUGCUGCCGGCGGAAUCGGCGUGACGAUGACUACACGGACACCGAAACGGGCACCAGCGAUGCCGAAAGCGAGGACCUGGAACGGCUGCUUUAAGCGGUGGGGGGAUGGAAACUGAUUGGAGCAAUCAUUUUUAGGAAAAUUAUUCAAUAACAACACAGCGUGAAUGUCAUCUCGCGCGUCGAUGAUGGGACGAGAACGGACCUGACGGAGCAGCAGCAAAUUGGUUGGGACUCUCCAGUGGAGGGGUCAUAUCGCACCGGGUAUGCACUGUGUGAAAAACCGUUAGCAUGAAAUGCUUCUCCUAGAAUACUGAGAGAUUUAUUUAGUAAAUUCAGUGCUCAUAAUAGUUGUCUUUCUGAAGCUUUCUAUAACAACGAUCUGUACGGUUCAAAGUUUUUUACUGUAAUUGUCUUAUGAACAAGAUUUUAGACUGAAUGGCUUAGUGAUCGCAUCGAAUAAUGGUCGGAAAGACCAGUUCGAAGUUCAAUCUGACUUUGGUUCUUCUACCGAUAAUAUAGGUUAAAUUUAACAACGUAUGUUAUGAAUUUAAUAGAAAAUUUGAGCUAUAUUUUUUUCAAGAAGUAAUACUUAUUUUUAUUUGGAUUUUUCCUUUUCCUGUUUUUGUUUUUUUUUGUUCCGAUGUCGAUUACUGGCAGGGCAAAACGUUUAAUCAGUAAAAUCUUGACUAAUUUUUGGGGCAUAUAGUGCAAUAUGCUACUUCCUGAACAUUUGAAUUUAUCAGACUCAAAGUCCAAAACUCCUUUCCAGAUCAUGCUAGGUCCUUCUUGUACAUAUCAAUAGAAUAUAGGCUCGGUUGAAGCUCGAAACCUUACAAUCCAUUAGCGUCCAGCUAUACUCAACAAACUUUUCAAUAAGCAGCGAUGGAAGAGAAACAAAACCAAUCGAAUCACCCAACAAAUCGCAAUAAAUAUGUGGACCCUAAACCUUACAAAGUAAAUACAUAUUGUAGAGAACUAAGGACGGAUCAAUUAUAUGGACGAAGUCCAUUUGUAAGAAUCAGUAUUACUCCAUGUUUAUCGAUAGAGAUUUGUGCAAAAAUAAUACAGAAAAAACUAAAAUUAAUAACAAGCGGCUACGCCGCCACACUUUAGUGGUACCGGAAUGGAAUCGAAAGUUCCCGCAUUACGCGAUUAACGUGAAUCAGGGAAAACACUGGCAAGGCAAGGAAAAACAAAAACUUUUGAAAAGCAUGAACCGGUUGUAAUAGAAAUAUAGAGUGAGCUCUACAGCUGCAUUUGUAGAUUAAUCCGCCUCCACCCUUCCUUUGCUCUCACCGUGCCGUACCACACAGACUAUCAUCCCAUGUGCUUUCUACUAGCUGAUUUAGCCAACAAAAUAAACUAGUAAACUCAGCAUUCUAAUGAGAGAAUGGUCUGGUCUAUACAUUCCAUUAAUCCACGGCUCUAAAAUGACCAUUCCUCUUUCGACCAGUUAGCCUUUUCCGGGAAAGCCACUACACUAAAGUGAUCCGGUUGUCCUGACAACUUCGCUACUACACCCUCCUUCUUCACACGUUAUUAUUAUUGACAGCUUAUUAACAAGGCCAGUCCAAUCUCGAGCGAUUGAUCGAGAGAGAUAAAAGCGCAUACACUCCUCCUAUCGUGUCGCCCAGCGUGACAAACAUAUACUGUAUAGAGGAAAACCCCUUUCGUUAGAACAUGUAAAACGAUGUACACCAGAGUCCAAAGUAGAUUGAAAUAUAUUAAUAUAUAUAAUGUA